CAAAUAGAAAAAAUUUUAAGCCAACAAAACAUACUGUUUUAUGCAGUAAACAUUUUACAGAAAAUGAUUACCAUUUGAUUUUGCCUGGCACACUAAGAAAAUGUCUCAAAAGUGAAGCAGUUCCAAAAAUUUUUCCAUCUAAUAUGCAACAGCCAUUGGAGAAACGAAGGAGGAUUAUUGUCAGAAAGAAGGCAUCCAUUGAGCUACCUAAUGCUGAACUGCAAUGUAAAGCUGGCACGUCUACUUCAUCAUCAUCGAUUGCGCUGCCGGUUGAACAAGACAAUUCGCAAUCACCAUCGAAUCCGGCUACUCAGGAAUUAACAGCUCAACAAACGCCGGUCAAACGGAUUCGAUCCAGAUUGCCAUCUCCCAGCAAAGUUCACCUGCGUCGGAAAGUUAAAGUUUUGCAGCAAAGAUUAAAUAGAAGAGACUGUAAAAUAAAGUCAAUGAAAGGUUUAAUUUCAGUUUUGCGAAAUAAAUUAAAUGCCCCAGAUUCAUUAAUUUAUAUUUUGGAAAACAAUUUUGCAGGGUGUCCCCUCGAGUUACUGGUAAAUAAUCUUAAAAACAAAGAUAAAAGUAAAAAUAAACAUUGUUUUUCAGACAAGGUUAAAGAGUUUGCUCUGACAAUCUACUUUUAUUCACCAAAAGCUUAUAGAUAUCUCAGGGCUUCACACUUAAUAUUACCAAACCCUGCGACACUAAGGAAAUGGAUCUCAAAAUUUAAUUGUAGCCCAGGGUUUUUGGAAGAAGUAUUUAUAUAUUUGAAUCGUAAUGCAAAAGAACAUAAUCACUUAAGAAAUGUAAGUUUAAUAUUCGAUGCGAUGAGUAUUAGGAAGCAGAUAUUAUAUGACGAGCAGUUGGGAAAAAACGUAGGAUAUGUAGAUCUUGGAGGAUUUAAAGUAGAUAAUGAAGAGGAAGUUGCAACAGAAGCUUUAGUUUUUCAAAUUGUUUCAUUGAGGGGCCAUUUUAAAUGUGUUAUAGGAUACUUUUUUGUAAAUAAAAAUUCAUCAAUUUUACUGUCGCAGCUAAUUAAAGUGGCUAUACUAAAACUGAGUGAAGUGGGCGUGAAUGUUCAAAGUGUGACCUUUGACGGCACAAGCACCAAUCUCAGUGCUUUAAAACAUUUAGGUUGUAAAUUCCCUGAAACACCAUUUUUUAAACUUGAUACCAUUAAUUAUUAUAUUUGUGCUAUUUUGGAUCCUCCACACAUGUUAAAACUUGCACGAAAUGCUCUAGCAGAUAUGAAAAUUAUAGAAUCUGAGUCAGGCAGGAUUUGCUUUAAAUAUAUAGAAGAACUUAACAACUUACAGAAAAAACUGGGUUUAAAUAUAUGUAACAAAUUAUCAGACAAACAUAUUUUCUACAAAAACCGAAAAAUGAAUGUGAAGGUUGCAGCACAGACUCUAAGCUCCAGUGUAGCGGAUGCUUUAGAAUAUUUGUAUGUAAAACAACAUCCACAGUUCAUAAACUGUUUACCAACCGUUGAAUUCAUAAGAAUAAUUGAUAAUCUUUUUGAUUAUUUGAACAGUAGAGAUCCAUUCGGAAGCGGCUUUAAGGGUCCCAUAAAAUUAGAAAACAAGGAAAAAGAUGACGAAAUGUUAAAAAGAGCAGAAAAUUAUUUGUCCAAACUUAAAAUUGGAGAACUAUCGGUGUUGGACCAUGCAAGGAAAACGUUUGCUUUAGGUUUUUUAAGUAAUAUCAAGAGUUUUUGUAUUUUACGAGACAGAUUGUUAGUUUUAGAUGAUUUUAAGUAUUUGUUAGCUUAUAAGUUUAGUCAAGACCAUUUAGAAUUAUUUUUCUCCUGUGUCAGAAGUAGGGGUGGAAACAAUAAUAAUCCAAAUACUAAACAGUUUACUUGGGCAGUAAGACAACUGAUGUUCCGAAAUAGUGUCAGAGCUUCUGAGAAUGCCAACUGCCUUGAAUUUGACCCUAAUUCACAACUCGGCCUUCUUGGGUUAGGUCAUGAUAAGUGUGAUUUGGAUUUGUCUUUGGAUAAUGAAAUUGAGAGUGCCAUGUAUAUUAUGGAAAAUUAUGAUAAUUCUAGUUUUAAGGAUGAAAUUUUAUACUAUAUUUGUGGCGUCAUUGUAAGACGUAUUGAAAAAUGUAUUAAAUGUAACGAUUGUAGUUCUGUACUCCAUGCCAAUGAUUCUGAUCCUAGAACACAUUCACUUAUUGAUUUUAAGUCUAAGGGCAACUUAAUUAGAUCAAGCGAUGAUGUAUUAAAAAUUGUUAAAUAUUGUUAUUUUCUCAAGUUAUCUGAAACAAAUGCGACCACUUCUGUACUGACAUCGAGAGUUUGUAACCAGUUUACUGGUAGUGUUUUCAAGGGGCAUUUAUCUAAUGAUGAAUUCACUGGAAGCCACGAGUUAUUUUUAAUUAAAUGGACACAAGGAAGGGGAAUGGACGACCUGAUCCGAAGGUCUUCGUAUUGUGUUGGAGAGAGGCAUGUGGAUUUUAGUGCCAGGUGUUCCCUGGUUGCUGAUCAAUGGCUGUUGACUCGACCAUGGUUCGAGAACGCAUUUCCACACCUAAAUCACUGGAUUGGCAUAAUAUAUCUUUACGAAUUCCCUGGAGUUAUUAGAGACAGGAAGCUGCCAGUAGGUAUCAAAGGGCGUAAGUUCCCACAGAUCGGGGAUAAUGGGAGGAUGGAUGCUCUCGAGGCUGUGAUUACCAGACACUGUGGACUUACAGGGCCGGGAAGUAACAGGCUCGGUGCUGUCAUAGAAACUGUCGAUUCACUCGCCACACCACCCGGCUCCGCAGCCUCUACACCCACAGCUGCGCUGCCGCCGCCUUCGCGCGCCACACCACCCGGCUCCGCGGCCUCUACACCCACUGCUGCGCUGCCGCCGCGGUCUGCCCUAACUGAUACGUCGCUCACCGCCUCGACGCCAGCCACCGCUUCACCUGAUGUCACCGCCGCCACACCUACUCAUUCAGCUCCCGCUACACCUGCCGCCGCAUCAUCUUUGUUGGAGUCAUCUGCCCAGCAUUCCGACUUAAUUAAUGAAAAUGUGGCCUUGAAGAAAAAAAUUGAUGAGCUCAACACAAAACUGCAAACGAAAAACCGCGCACACACAAAGACAUCGGUUCCCUUCCGCAACGUGACUGUGAUUGGGGACAGCCACGUUCGUAACCUAUCAGCUAUUUUGAGGAGGAGGACCUCUGCUUCAAACAUCGUUGGAGUCUGCAAGCCAGGCGCGGGGCUUCUCCAAAUCAAAACCACUACCCCACCACCAGAAGACCACUGCUUCGUCAUAAUUGCCGGGACGAAUGACUUGGCUUCCGGGAGACAAGACAUAAUAUACCAACACAUGGAGGAAAUCAUUCAGCAAUAUUCCAGCAACUCGAAGGUACUGGUGUCACCGCUGCUACCCAGACAUGACCUGCCUCGUGACAGUCCCGUCCACAAGAAGGUAGCGCUCGCCAACAACUACAUGAGCGAACUAUGCGAGCGCUACAAGGGUGCUGCUUUCCUGGACAUUAGUGACCUGAGUCGUCAUCACUUCACGGCUCACGGCCUUCACCUUACCACUGCAGGAAAGGCUAUACUGGCUGACCUCAUUGUGAAGGGGUUGAACAGCCCGCCCAGAACCUUCAACAGAACGCCGGCAGAAUCAGCCCCGAGACCGCCACUGCCGCCGCCGACGCCACCGCCACCGCCAACUAGCGCCCAAGGCCACAACACCUACGCGGAGGCUGUAACUCAAAGACCUGCGGGAGCGUCCACCCUUCCAACAACAAAAACUGUCUAUGGUGUAAAUAAAAAUAAUGCUGUUUUUUUAGGGACCCCGGACACCAGCGCCGGACUAAAUUGA